AAUUGAUAGUGUUGAUGCAUCAUCUUUUUUUCACACUUAAUGAUGAUAAUAGUAGGACUAGAAGUAGGAAACACAAAUUUUGGAAAGAGUCAUUAUCGGGUAAGACAGUUUUAUUUUUCACGGGUUGGUUGACCCUUGGAAUGGGCUGCCUUUAGAUGUGAUGGAUGAAGUAAAGUUAAAGGUUUGAUAAAUAUCUGAAUGAUAUAAUACAAUACGAAACUUAAAAUACAUGUAAUUGUUACAGUGUAUAUAAGCAGUUUAUAUAUCAAGAGAUUACAUGGUCCUUUGAAGAUGCAUUACACACCCACCUAUGAGGGAUAAAAAAAAAAGAGUAGAAAUUAAACCAACCUCUUGUCUUACAGGAAUUCAUUAAUUUUCCUCUUAAACUCUCGUUGAUAACUCAUUUUAAAAGUUAAUCACCGCCUUGAAAAAAAUAACUUUUGCCAUCUCCAUAAUUUGGCCAAAAGAGAUUGGUGGCUUUUAUUCUAUCAGUCUACCAGAUAAUCUUGUAAGAUCAUUUGUUAUCCUUUUCUCAAGAGAAAAUAAGAGGUCAUAACCUAUUCCAAUAAGAUAACCAUUCUGUUUCCAAAAUCAUCCCAGAAGCCAUCCUCUGAACACUUUCCAAUAAGAUAACCAUUCUGUUUCCAAAAUCAUCACAGAAGCCAUCCUCUGAACACUUUCCAAUAAGAUAACCAUUCUGUUUCCAAAAUCAUCCCGGAAGCCAUCAUCUGAACACUUUCCAACAAGAUAACCAUUCUGUUUCCAAAAUCAUCCCAGAAGCCAUCCUCUGAACACUUUCCAAUAAGAUAACCAUUCUGUUUCCAAAAUCAUCCCAGAAGCCAUCCUCUGAACACUUUCCAAUAAGUCAAUAUACUUUGUUAAAUAAGAAAACCAAUGUUGUACACACUAUUUCAAGUGAAAUAAUUACAUUUCAAAAUUGUAACUGAUUUUUAGCUUUACUUUCCCUCUAUCACAUUACAAGAAAACUUCUGAAUGGUUUUAACAAUGAUGAAUGUGUCGUAUGUAGCUGCAGAACAAGUAGUGUUAGUGCUAGAUGUUGUGUGUAAUUUUGUAAUCACAUAUUUGUUAUUUCAUGAAAUUGACUUUCGUGUAGUAUACUGAACAUUUAAAGAAAAUUUUAUUUGUUAUUAAACUUGAAUUAUCAUAGUUUGGCUUUUCACUAUCCUCGUGCACGUGUAUAAAUAGUUCCAGUAUUUAUUUCUGCUUAGAGGCUGUGUGAAAUAUUUCAUGCAAGUUAGAUAACCAUCUGCCAUCAGUUGUUUAAUUCUCUAAAUUUACUACAUUUAUUGCAAUGCUGAUAAAAACAUGUAAUUAAUAAAACUUGUGUAGAAUCAGGAUUUCUUGUUUUUGAAAAAAUGUUCAUAGAAUAAAAGCCCAAAAUAUCAUUUUGUUUAAUAUCAGUAUAUUAAUACAUCUACAUGUAUAUAAAUUCCUUUAUCUUAAAGAAUGCAUGUAAUAAUGUAGCGGGUGAGCUUUUUCGGAGUCUGUUUGAGUGAUAUAUUACCAAGAUAACUAGACCACAUACUAAUCUAUACUAGUACCUGUACUGUACAUGCACGUGUUCAAAUUGGUUCAUAGUGAACUACCAUAAUAGGCAAGACGCUUGCACCGGAGAUUGAGCAGUAGCUUACUGCACAUACUUCUCAGGUGAAAUCUGAAGAUUUGCCGAUAACUUUGCGGUGAAAAAGGUCUUCCGUACAGACGUCCCAUCGAGAUGGCUAAAGCAAGGACACCCCCAUCUGAAAGUGAUCAAACAGUUGAGGAUGGAAAAACUGUUGAAGAUGAUGUAGCUCUGGCAAUGGCCACUCUGUCUGUGAUGGAUCAUGGUACAAUGGACGUUGGGUAUAUAAAGAGUCCAAGUAGGUCUGCCUCUCUCGAGAAACACGAGCCGAGAAUUACAUCCAAAAGUCUUCCUGAGGUAAAAAAGAAAAGGGGCCAAUCUCUAUCCAAAACUAAUUUUGGGAGUCAAAGCCUCAUUGAACGUGGAACUCGCAAGAAGAGACGACAGAUGUCCAUAAGUGAUCCAACUCCGGAAAUUACACGCUUGACUCGUAGUCCUAGCUGUGGGUUUGGAUUUUUUAGAAAAGGGCCAUCCACACCAUCAAGUUCAUCUUCCCAUUCCUCAGGAGGAUCAAAGUUCCGCACCCUCGGCUAUCGACCUCGAUUGCACUCCGACUCCUUUCCAGAACAAGGCUGUCUCCUUCCCCGGGGCCUUAAAGAUCAACAUGCAGCUCAUAUAUGUGGGUGGUCUGAGUCUGACAGUGGUUCCAGGAUUUCUCCAGCAGAGGGCCAGACUAGUUCCAGUUUUCCUGAGGAAGGAGCUGCUGUAUCAUCAUCAGUUUGUACACUGGAACUCGGUAAAAAAUCGGAUAAAAAAACUCCAAGACGACAAAAGGACUCAAAGUUUGAAGUUUUUGUGCCCUUGUGUGAUGUUCAACAAAGUCUCAAGAAAGGAGAAGUGAUUGAGGGGCUGCUGAAAAUGAACCCAAGCGACUACCAAGAUUCUUUCAUUAGUGCUCCGGAAGAUCAGAUGGACAUUUAUAUUGGAAACAUAAGUAAGGAAUUGAGCCGUCGUUUCGCCAUCUGGUGGCUUGUUCAAUGGUCCUUCAAACUUGCAAGCUGCUGUUGAAUCCUGCAUUCUGUGAAGCAGUCAUUCAUAUCAUGUGAAUCGAAGCCUCUAGAAGUGAAGAGAAAAAUCACAGUUAUAAAAUGGACUAUUUCCAAGGAGGCGAGUCAUAGUUUUAUGUAUUUCUACCUAUAAACUGUACUUUCUGUUAAUCAUAUAGCAGUAUCAUCACUGAAUUUGUUUUAAUUUCACUUGAAAAUAGUAAUAGAAAAAAAUUUUUAAUUACUAACAUUUUAAAAGUAUUUCUGAUACAGUUAACUGUAGCUGUAUUUUGAAUUAGGUUCUGGAUGUUCAAAUGUGUGUUCUGGACCUGAUUAAUUACUUUGAUUACUCUCGGAAAUGAGCCAGAACUAACUUCUAGUAAAGAAGCGUUAGUUUUUUCCUAGUCUUGAAAGUAAUAGUAUCAUAACAUAGUAAUGACACAAUAGCAUGUGUGUUAGGAUCAGUAUUCCAUUGGCUUAUCUCCUGCUGUUAUUCUAAUAUAUAUGAUUAAGCAUUAUUAAUCAAGAAACUUAAGCUAGUAAAGGAAGCUUGAGUGAGUUUUAGCCAGUUAAAAUAUUCCUGGGAAAUUUUGUGUAAGUAUAAGUUCAUGUGAACUGGUUAAUGUAUCUAUACACAGGUUCAUGUGAACUGGUUAAUGUAUCUGUAUACACAGGUUCAUGUGAACUGGUUAAUGUAUCUGUAUACACAGGUUCAUGUGAACUGGUUAAUGUAUCUGUAUACACAGGUUCAUGUGAACUGGUUAAUGUAUCUGUAUACACAAGUUCAUGUGAACUGGUGAUUGUAUCUGUAUACACAAGUUCAUGUGAACUUGUGAAUGUAUUUGUAUACACAGGUUCAUGUGAACUGGUGAAUGUAUCUGUAUACACAGGUUCAUGUGAACUGGUGAAUGUAUCUGUAUACACAUGUGUGAAAUGGUUUUAUUAGGAAAAUGAUUAGUAAUGACUUUUUAAUUGUAAAACCAGACAACAUAUUAGGCCUUAACAUAUAUAAAGUUCUGAAACAGCUAUUUGUGAGAUAAUACUAGUAGAUUUAUUUCAAUACAGUAUUUCGUCUCUAAAAGUGAGACAUGAUGAUGUACAACAUUCAAAGUACAAAAAAGAAGAAAAUGUCGCAUGCGUGACCAUAUCUCACUUUUAUAGACAAAACAUUGUGGAAUAAUACGUAGGGAUUUAUUUCAGUACAAAUAGCUUUUUCAAAACUCUAUACAUCUUUCAUUGUCAAACAGGUAUCUCUUAAAAAGAAAUGAACAAAAAAUAAAUGUUGAUAAUAUCGCAACUGUUGGAUUACUGUGUGAAUUAGAAACUAUCUUAGUUAAAUCUAAUUAAUAGUUUUUGGUUAAGAAAUGUAUAUAAAAACAUAAAAAUGUAUGCAUUAAUUCAUUAGCUUUCCUUAACUCACCAGCCUUUAAUUCUUGUAUAAUCCAUUUUCACUCUGCAAUCUAUAACGCUAAAAUAUCGCAAUCUGAUUUAAGCCUUUUUAGCUUCGAAAACUAGUAUUUCAGGUUGUUUAAUCUACUUUUAACAUCCAACACCAUCCUUUCAGAUCCUGUGAAAUCCACAUUUAAUCUCCAACACUAGUCUAUUAGAUCCUGUGUAACUCAUCUAUUAAUCUCUAACCACAGCUUCUCACUUCAUGUAUGCAAAUGCAUUUGUAAUACAUACAAGUAUUGUAUUAUAUAAUCCUUUUAACUUAUAAUGUAUUUGCGACUUAAUGUACCAUCUAUCAGGCAUCCUGUUGUUUUCCGUGUGUUUCUGUAAUUGUACUUUAUUUUCCGGUAUGGUUAGGUUUUAAAGAUGUUUUUAUUUAUUGUAAUUGUUUAUCAAAUUAUUGCAAUAUAUACACAGAAAAAAUUAUUAUCAACAUGUAGUUACCAAAACACUAUGUUGGUUUUUCAUUGUUUCUAAACUUAAGAUUAAAAGUAAACAUUGAACACAUUAUUGGCAAAUAGUCAUGUAAAAAAAAAAGGAAUGUGUGUAACUAUAAACAAUUUCUAAUGUGUUGUGACAUAAGUAAGGAAUUUAUGAAAAAUUGUACUUCGUCAACUUGUUGCAUCAUUGACAGUUGUUGUCAAGCCGUUUGCUAGAGUAAAUAGUCUCAACCAUUAUUGUGUCAACUGACCAGAUUAAGUCUGGCAUUGGGCAAAGGCCUUGUCAACACUGGAAGUGGUAGAUAUAGCUUGGUUGGAAUGUUGUUAAAUAUGCUUCUGUACUGUCACUCAGAAGUUCUGACACAUAAAAAUAUUGUAUUUGUUUUAUCAGAGUUGUAUAACUCUACUAUGAUUACGCUGGUGUUAGAAGAAUUGAAUAAUAGUCAUUUUUAAUUUUUGAUUAUUGUCUGAGAAACUCGUAUGCCUCGGAGGCCUAGCUGAUAAGUCAGUUGUUUAUAAUUAGGCAUAAGUUACAACUUGCCUUCUUUUUUUCCCUCAGUUUUAUUGAUACUCUCAUGUGUAGGUGAUGGCUUAGUUUUAAAAUCAGUAGUUUCUAAUCAGGACUAACAAUUUACUUACUUCACUAAGAUUUAACAAUUAACUUACCAGUAAGUCCAUUAGGCCUAACUUUGGUAUUAAAUAAUACAUAUAUUAAUAUGUGUAGUUAGUACUGUUUAAUAGUUUCUGCCUUAUGUCACUGAGGAUUCUAAGUUACUGUGUUACAAUUAUAUUGAGUAGCUGAGUUAAGUUAAAAUGUAUGGCAGUUUUGUUUUGUCUUAAAACUAGUUUCGACAGUAGUAUAAACAAGAACUAUAAUACUAAAUUGAGAAACAUUUAGACUUGGUAUGUGAUGAAUGUUUUUGGUCUAAGCCUUUCCGUAGAUUCUUGUGAAGAAAGGCACCCAGAGCAUCAUUAUGAAUAAUCAACAUUAUUGCCAGUUGAUGUAUUUUCAUUAGUUAACUUUCAUUAUUUUAAUCUUCUUUCCUCUUCUACACCCCUUUCACUACAUCAAUACAAACUGUGACGAUAUUCAUUAAUUCACCUUAUUCCAUAUUCAGUUAAACAACAUGUAAAUGAGAUUAUACAUCAGUAUCGGGUACUUAUUAUCAAGUUUUGGAGAGAACUUUUAUUGAUUAAUUAAUUUUCCUUUAGGUUUAACAAGAUACUUGAAUGUAUUACAUUUUUGAAAGUUGGAUAUAAAUGUAAUGAAGUAAAACAUUCCUUGUUUGAUAUUGUUACCUAUAAGUUGUUACGAUGUUGUAUUUCUUUCUUUUGUAUAAGUACAUCACAAGUGCCACAAAAUAUGUAUACAUAAAUAUUUAUAUUACUGUUGCUUACAAAAAAGGACAUUUCUAAUUGUGUUACAUACAAAUAUAAAUGAUGUUUGUUUGUGAAGUAUUUGUUUCUCAGGGUUAAUAUUUGAGCAUUAACUACUCAUUUGUAGUACUCCAUAAUAAUUUUCAUUGUUAAAGGUAUAGUUAUGUAAAAAACAAUGAAACGGUACGUGUUGUUCAUUCCGUAAACCGGUCAGUUCGAUUCUCUAAACACUAUGAUAUUGUAAAGCCAGUUAAGAGUAUAAUAUAGAGUUAUAUAGCAGUACUUUACGGUUAGGUAUUAGUUUAGCAUGUAAUUGUUGCAGUUUUUCUAAUAGGAACGUUUUUUAGGAUAUUUCAGUUUCCCAGAUUAUGUAUCCUAUGAAAAAUUGGACAAAUGGUCACAUCAGGUAUAGAAAGCAAAAGGAAAUAACAUGUACCAUAUAAUGAAAAUGUUAUACUGUAGUUUUGGAACUGAAACAGAGGAUGAGAAAAAAACUAUUAUUGACAUCAUAAGUUUAUGAACUGUAGCAAUUGGACUAAGAUAUAUUUAUUUAGAAUAUAACUUUGUUUAGGUGUAACAAAAGUUGAAAUAUCUACUUAAGCCUUUUCUUGAUCCAAGAUUGGUUAUGAUUCAUUCAUACAUAUGUAUGCAGUUCAGGGAAUGUGCAUCCAUGUAGAGAGGGAAACUCAACUUUAUUUGUAUAUAUAUAAAUUUGAUAGUGAUGAAAUGAUUUUUGUUGACAGACAGAUUGUAAAAUGUGGGAUCUUGCAUGAAAUAUGGUGGUAUACGCUAGAAAUGUAUUAUGUACAGCUUUUUAUGUAUAUUUAUUUUAUAUCUGUUAGGACUAAUAUCAUAAAUAAAAA